AAAAACCGCACUUCCGGUUCCCCUCCCACUGCCACUAUAUACAUAAGGCUUGAAUCUGGUCUUACGAAACGUAAACAUUUCAAAACAUUUUUUUCUUCUGGCAAAGCGAGUUAAAGGUUGACACUUCGUACAGUAAACAUGUCGAUGUACAGGAACGCCGUGUGGUUCAUGAAAGGACUACAAGAAUACACCAAGAGUGGUUACGAGGCGGCCGCCAAGACUUUUGUGGCAUCGGAUAUGGAUGUGAACUUGAAUGGUCGCUCCUUCCUGAUCACGGGGGCAAACAGCGGUCUGGGCAAAGCCACGGCGCAGGAGAUCGCCAGUAGAGGGGGAACCGUGCACAUGGUGUGUCGUAACAAGGGGCGAGCAGAAGCCGCCCAGAAAGAAAUCAUGGAGCUGAGUAAGAACCAGAACGUUCACAUCCACAUCGUGGACAUGUCCAGUGCUAGACAAGUGUGGGAGUUUGCGCAGAGUUUCUCACAGCGUAAUGACCUACAUGUGUUGAUCAACAACGCAGGCUGUAUGGUCAACCAGCGUGAGCUGACUGAGGAAGGUGUGGAGAAGAACUUUGCUACAAAUACCCUAGGCACAUAUAUUCUCACCACUGCAUUUCUACCUGCCCUGAAGAAAGCGAAGGAUCCCAGAGUGGUGACGGUGUCGUCGGGCGGGAUGCUGACGCAAAAGCUAAACGUGGACGACCUGCAGUUUGAGAAGGGAGCCUUUGACGGCACCAUGGCCUACGCUCAGAACAAAAGGCAGCAGGUGAUACUGACCGAGAGAUGGGCCACGCAGCACAAAGACAUCCACUUCUCAUCCAUGCACCCAGGAUGGGCUGACACACCGGCCGUUCAGUCGUCCAUGCCAUCUUUCCACGCCAAGAUGAAGAACAAACUCCGCACAGAAGCCAUGGGUGCCGACACGGUGGUGUGGCUGGCCGUGUCCGAGGCUGCUGCAAAGCAGCCUAGCGGACUCUUCUUUCAAGAUCGGCGUGCUGUGGCCACACACCUCCCGCUGGCCUGGUCCAAAUCCACCACAGAGGACCAAGACAAGCUCCUGGCGGCACUCCAUGACUUGGCGCUGAAGUUCAAACCUUGACAUUUUUUUUUAAAUUGUUUUUAACACUCCUCAGUUCAUGUUUACAAUGUUUCUUGUGCUAAUUGGAGAUCAUACGAGAUGAGUAAGUAUUGUGGUUUAAUUCUUUGUUGAUUUACUGUCAAUGGAGCUGAAUGUACUUUUAUACUCAAUGUUAACCGCUGUAUAAUAAAAUUACUCGCACACAA